GAAGCGAUGAAGAAACGCGGCAACAAUGAAAAUAAAGGUGGAAAGGGUCGACAGAACGAAACGAAGGAUUCAGAGAAGAAAAAUGAUAAGAAGAAUGAUAAGAAUUCAGAGAAGAAAAAUGAUUCGUUAGAUGAGUAUAACGAAGGUUUCAGCGAGUGGCUGAGAUCUAGCGAUGGUUUCGAUACGAUGCGACUCUUUGUCAUUGCUAAUUCUAUCAUGAUCUUCGUCACGAUGGGUAUACCGAAAAUACAGGAAAUUAUCAGUAUUAUCAAAGAUUAUUACUAUGAAACGUAAAUGACAGUUUGAGAUUUUGAGAGACGAAAAUGUUUCUCGUAACUUCGAUAUAUGAAUGAGAAGUUGACAACGAUGCAAUCGAUAUUUCCAUCGCGUUUCCAUUAAAAAUUCGAUAUUUGACGACUACGACUGCAAAUUAUCCUUUAUUUCCUGAGAACAUAAACUCUAGACUCGCGAUCGUAUCGACGUAACGCGUAACAUGAAUCAAAGAUGGUAAUGAUACAGAAAUAAUUUUAAUACAUGUAUCAACUAUCGACAUGUAUCGAUACUCGAGGUCAUAAAGUAUUUGCAAACUUCUUAAAAUAACUUCUUUAUGAAUAUUUAUCUUUCAACGAGCAAAAUAUAUUAUAAUCGCCAAAUGACACGCAUUCUUAUCAAUUUCAAUCAAUCGAUCAAGCAAAGAGAAAGAAAAUAACACUCAAUAAAUGAUCAUGCUGGGAUUGAUCUUUCGUGGCGUCUUUCUCAUCGGUAUACUCACCUGGUACAGCACCAGCGUGUGGAAAAUGAUCGACGGCUACUUCAAGGAUCAGUUUCGAAGCUACUUGGAGGAAGAGUAUCGAAAGAAUCCGCGAAUGAGAUCCGACGUGCAGAGUGGCUCGGCCGAUAAGAUCGAUCCCGUUUCGACCACGCCACGCCCCGAUCCAUCAGUGGCGCCGCAGCGAGAGAUUCUCGAACUUAACGAAACGUUGACGGUCGAAGCUGCAGGAAAUGACACAAUUCGAUCGGACGAGGGGCAACGAAUGACAGGUGGCACCAGUGAAAACGAGGCCGACACAGGGGGAUCUAUCGAUAAAAAUACAUUCCUAGAAACGAUCGUGGAAUCGGGGCUGGAAAGUAGUAAGUCGUCCGAGAACGAACAGGAUUCUCGGCAGCCUAUUAAUCACAAUGACCGUGACCUCGAACGUUACGAGAACGACGAUCGUCAUCGAUCAGUCUCCCAGCUGUCUAAGAACUCGAUGAAAGGAGUUCAAUGCAAUAAAAGAGCAACCGUUUCUAGGGACAUUUCACGCCAGAAAAAGUCGUCCAAGAAGCGAAAUGUGAAGACGAUCACGUUGACGGAGAAGGAUUUUAAAUCGGUUAUCAGAAAUCAUGUAUCUAACGACGAUUUCUGGGAAUUCGAGGAGGAUGCGGAUGAAAAGGAGCCGUUGGAAGGCAUUUUGGUCUCUCAGUUGCCGUAUAAGCCGAGAGCUGAUAUAGGGAAUUUGGAAAGGAUCAGUGCGGAUGAGUAUUGUCCUCUGAGCUUGGAGGACGAGGCUUCUUGCGAUGAAACGUUUAAGUGGCCUUGAAAAUUUAACGAUAAUUUAAAUUUAGGAAGUUUAGUAAAUUUAGUAUAAAUUUAAUAGGAUGUAAUGUAUUUAUGUGAAACAAAUAGAGGAAAAUUAAUUAAUAUUAGAUAUUUCGGAUGUAGAUAUUAUACUGUUGAAAGAAAUAUUGAAACAUUUCGCAAGUAUCCCAGCUAUAUUAGAAUGAUAUUAUUAAUAAAUAUAUUAGCAUCGAUUUUUAUGCAAAAGAUCAUGAAUAUAUUUUGAAUAUAUUAUAAAUUUUAAGUUGUUUAAUACAUGCAUUAAUAUCUAGAUUCACUUAAAAUAUAAUAUCUUUAAGAUGAAACUUAAUAAUUGUUCAUAUUUUCCUUAGUUAAAAGAUUUUAAAAUCUAGUUGGAUUAUCAUUACUUUAACAUAUUUAUCAAAUUCAGAAUUCCAGUUCCAUUAGAAAAAGUGAUUGAUAUCACAGAAGUUGAAUAAUGUUAAAUAUUUUAGAUAUUAAGUUAAAAAGAAAAACAGCUUUGCAAACAAAAGAAUUAAUAGAAUUUCGCGUUAAUAUCUCCUAUAAAAUUUCGAAUGAAUACUUUCUAUUUAAAAGUUUGAAAAUAUAUUCCCAUUUAAAAAUUGAGAAAUUUAAAAAAAAUAUUUUCGAAUAAAUAUCUAUACUCGAAACUCUUAUUUAUCUAUACUCGCAUUUUUAUUUAAAAGCUAAGAAAUUUUAUUAAAAAAUAUCUUUGAUUAAGCUAUUAUAUAUAUAUCGUAUAAUUUCUCGAGUUAUGACUGUGCAUUAUUCGCAACAAAAGAAACUGUUGAAAAUAAACAUCAUCGAUGAACAAUAAUUUCACGGUCCCUCAUUUUUACGUGAUUUAAAAAAGAAAAAGAAAAAAAGAAAAAGAAAAAAGAAAAGAAUCGUUUUAUAAAUAAGAAUGUAGACAUAAUACAUCAAAGGUAUAUUGACUUCUUGCUCGAUCGAAGAAAUCUCGGCAGGAGAUUGCAAAAUGUGCCUCGUCACUUCAAGUGUACAAUGCGAUUCCUCUUUCGAUGAAACUUCUCGAGUUGUGGCGCGUGAAAGAAGCAAGUCUCCUUUCCCGAAACUUCAUCGCGAUUAACGACUUUGACUAUUAAUCAUGUGUGCAAUUCGUUAUGAAGAAGAAAAGAAACGAUGAUUUGGGUCAAUGUUAACUGCUCCAAGUUUCCGGUGCUGACGAAACUUCAAAGGUAGAAAAAAAGGCAUUCAAAAGAUGUAAGGAAUGUAAAGAAGAGGAUAAUCGGAUUAACCGAUUAAACCAUGGUAAAAAAAGCGUAUCGUUUGUACGGAAAGGAAGGAACGUAUUGCCUUCUUAAUAACUUAAUCACCUUCCAUAACGAGAAGGGUUAAACAGAGAGUUAACCAUAAAAAAGCUGAUAAUGUGUGAUGGUUCCUGUGCUACAAAAACGAUCAGUGAUGGAACGAAAUACGUCAUGAAAUAAAUUCGGAUCUAAGUAAAAGUUUCAAAAGAAUUUCUGAUGAAAUAGUUUUGUGAAAACUUCGAAAAAUAUAAACAUUUCUAAAUUGAAAUUUAAAUUAGAACGAUAUUAAUCUACUAAAAUAAAUGAUAUAAAAAUCUGGUGUAAUUUUUUCCCCUAUAUCAAGUAUAAAUUAAACAUACAAUUCUGAGAGUAAAAAAUAAAAAUAUCGAAAUAAAAUUAUCGCGAAGAAGAAAAAAAAAUUCCAUGUUUCGCUAAUUUACAACAAAGAUCGAUCAAAAAUAUAACAUAUAAAAGGAACAUGAAAUCGAAUAAACGGAGGAACAAGCUCAUAGCUUUCUAUCUAAUUACCACGGACGAACGUAUCAAUUAUCACGAACCAGUUAAUCUCUCUUUCAGAUAUCCAAAGCAGACAUCGACAUAAUGACGAAAGAAGUUGCUAUUAACUGUAUACAGUUUACUUUCCACCACAAAACGUCAAACAUUCGUGACUAAGAUGGGCCGAGGAAUCAAGGCCACGGUUGUGUGGCCUUUGACCCCGAAACUGAGACCUCGUACAAGAGGAGACUAAGCUGGCGUGAAAGUGCAGAGAAAUUUGCGAUUUAUGAGGUAUGCGAGCUUAUGGACCGCAAGGGAAACUGAAUCGGCAGAGGGAAUGUGAUGAAAAUUCACGCUUUUGUAUCAUUGUUCGUUCACUCGCCUCGUCGCAAUUCUUUCGCUCGAUAAGCUAUCGCGCUUCCGUGCAUUAAGAUUAUUGUUGACCGGUUUAAUGUUAUACCGUUGCGAGUAUAUAUAUUGAUACACGAGUCUAAGUGAUAGCGCUAUUCCCCUUGUUCAUGAAAUAAUUUUAUGUACGACGUGACUGCUAUGAUUCAGAGUAUUAUUCCGUGAUGCUUAGUUACACGUAGUAUAAAAUAAAAAUCGUUGUCCUUGCAUUUUAUGACGAAGUUAUAUGGAGCGUCGUAUACGAUUGAUAUUUGUUAAUCGUUAACAUUUUGUUAGAAGUGUAGCGUGACUCAGUGUAGCGAAGAAAUAAGGAAAUAUUUUUAGAGUUUAAAUUUUAAGAAGAAUUUUUAAAUUAUAUAUAACUAUAUAUAUUUAUGGAUUUAUAAAAAUUUAGCGAUGCGAUACAAGGAUAGGUUUUAUUGAGAGAAAAUCUAAUAAAAGGAAAAAAGAUCAAUUGAACUUAA